AUGCUGGUCCUUUUGCCCUUUGGGGAGGGGGGGAAGAAGACUGGAGAGGGGCUCCAAGGGGGGAAACAGACUUUUGCCGGCACGUCGAAUUCGAUCUUGAUGCUGUUUUUGAAAACCGAGAGGAAUAUCAUCGUUGAAGUGCCGUCAUGGGAAGAACCGGAAACCGAACGUGUGACUCAAAAUUAG